UCUACAUAAUUCUGACAAGUGACAUUUCUCAAUUCUGACAAGUGGCAUCCUUACUCUAAAUAGAAAAAACUCUUGAGCAAACUCACAACAUAACCCAUUACAUAGACGUUAUGUGUCGUUAAAACUUCUCCAGUAAAAUGAUCUUCUGUUGGUCUUCAAACCGUUUUAGGGCAACACAUUCAAUCUACUUAAACUCAUUCAAUCCACUUUAAUGAAACCAAUGCUUAAAUCUCCAGCGGUAUUUAAAAUAAAAAAACCAAAAAAAGUCAGUUCAGCAUCCAAAGUCCCAUCUUCCUCUUCAUACUUCCAUAGAAGUCAGCUGUGCCAUCAAAAUUUCGUGGGAGCAGAAUCUCGCACCUCACAACUCAGCUGUAACAACCAAAUUCCAAGAAACUAUAAUCUCAGGUCAGACUUAAUUUUCAUUCUUUAAAAUUUAUGUUUCUCCUUUUGUAUUUUACAUUAAUAUAUUUCUUCGAUUCUGUAAUCUGCCUAUAAGCAAUGUGGAAUUUUAAAGGAUUUUUCACUUGUCUUUUCCUCACAUUCACGACAUGCAAUUCGCGUUACGGGCUUAAACCACAGAUGAAUUUAUUUAGCCCGGGCUGAAAUGAAUUCAUGGAUCCGUCACUGCCCAUGCGUCAUUUGUUUGCUUCUUUAUGACGACCUGCUAAGAGUAUGGAGGUUAGAGAUUUACAUUCAGGUAGAUUUCUUUUUCAAUUUUUUCAUGAGUUGGAUCUUCAAAGGGUGUUGGAUGGAGGUCCUUGGACUUUUAAUCAACAACUCCUUAUUCUAAGAAGGUUGGAGGACAAUGAUAUUCCUUUAACUAUUGAAUUAUUCUCUACUAUGAUGUGGGUUCAUGUUUUUGAUGUUCCUGUUGGAUGCAUGUCUGAAAGAGUUGUUUAACAUAUUGGUAAUUUUAUUGAAAAAUUUAUCAGUUUUGAUCCUAAUAAUUUUACUGGUGGUUGUAAAACUUAUUUGCGUAUUAGAGUUUUGUUUGAUGUAAGAGGUCCUCUUAAACGGAGGAUGAAGCUUAAAAAACCUGGAGGUGAUUGGUUUUAUAUAAGUUUCAAAUAUGAAAACCCACCUGCUUAUUGUUUUAUUUGUGGUUAUAUUGGUCAUGUCGAUUCCCGGUGUGCGAGAGUUUAUGAUGCCACAGGUGGUGAAGUUGAUAAAGCUUGUAGCUUGCUUACAGUUGUAGCUCGCCGGAGCAGACCAUUGGUUGGUUCUCAAUGGUUACGUAAUUCAAAAGACUUUUCAAAUUCUACAGCUGAUGAAGGAAUGCAAGGAGACAUGGUCGUUGAUAAUGAUAAUGAUGGUAUAAUGAUUAAUUCUGGAGCAGUUACAAAAGUUUUAUUUGGCAAUGAUAAUGAUGGUACAGUGAAUGUGGAUUAUGGAAUUGUCGUUACAGAUACAAAACGAAAAAUAUUAGCAGAAGAGAGUAUUGAUGGAAGUCUUCCGUCUGGGCCUAAUUUAAGUCCAGUUAAGGAUGCUAUGGUGGAUACUUCUUUGGUUUUACCGGUGGUCCCUGGUCUUCAGGCCCACCGAGAAUUAUGAAUUCCUUAGUUUGGAACUGCCGUGGGCUCAAUAACCCACGUGCAGUUCAAGUUUUGCGGGAUCUAAUUUUGCAAGUUAGACCUGUAAUUGUUUUCCUAAUUGAAACGAUUUCUUCUAAAGUGACGAUUGAAAGAAUUGGGAGGAGUAUGGGUUUUACAGAAUUCUUUGUUGUUGAGAGUGUUGGUAGAAGUGGGGGUUUAGCCUUUAUGUGGAAGGAUAUGGAUGCUGUCUCUGUUUUGGGUCAUUCUCAUCACCAUAUUGAUCUUCGAAUUUCGUCUCCUGUAGGAAUUUGGAGGUUAACUGGGUUUUAUGGCUAUCCAGAACGUCAUCGUCGGCGUCAAUCGUGGAAUCUUCUACGAUCCCUCUCAAUGUCUAAUAAUUUACCUUGGUGUUGUCUUAGAGAUUUUAAUGAUUUGCUUAGUUCAUCUGAGAAAUUUGGAUCAGUCCCUCAUCCAUCUUGGCUUUUUGACAGAUUUAGAAAAGUAGUGAUUGAUGCAAACCUCUCUGAUCUUAAAAUGUUUGGUCAUCGUUUUACUUAGUUUAGAAGUAGGGGAUCUUCGAAUUGGGUUGAGGAAAAACUUGAUAGAGUUAUGGUUAAUCCUUCUUGGCGUUUGUUCUUCCCGAACGCCUUUGUUCUUCCCAAACGCCUUUGUUCAAAAUUUGGGAGUUACUUCUAGUGAUCAUAUGCCUCUUUUUCUUUCUUUAAGUCGAAAUUAUAAGGCUUAUCCCCUUAAAAUCCCCCCACCUUUUACCCCCAAUUCGUUUGCACCCUCACGUUGUAAAACCACCAAAUAUACUCAAAUUACGACCUUUCACUUUCAAUUGUACCCUCAAGCAUUAAAUUGACCUCUUUUUACUUGAAAAAUGUUCAAAUCAAUACUUUAAAUUUUAACAUAUAUUUUAAAAUAGGACUUAAUAUUUUAUUUAAAACAAAAAUAAACCUAUUUUUCAAGUGAAAUGAGAUCAAUUUAAUGCUUGAGGGUGCAAUUGAAAGUGAAAGGUCGUAAUUUGGGUAUAUUUGGUGGUUUUGCAACGUGAGGGUGCAAACAAAUUGGGGAUAAAAGGUGAGGGGUUUUUAAGGGGAUAAGCCAAAUUAUAAUUACUCUCGGAGGAGACGAUUUCGUUUUGAGAACUGUUGGCUUAAAGAGAAAGAGUGUUUUAAUAUUAUUCGUCAUAGUUGGAUGAACACUUCGAACUCUCCAGUGCUUGAUCGCAUUGCCUCUUGUGGUUCUGAUUUGAUGAGAUGGGCAGGGGGAGUAGCAGCUUUUAAUAAAGCGAGAAAAGACUAUUACGAUGUCUUAGCUCAAAAGGAGAUUUAUUGGUGACAACGAUCUAAA